AUGGAAUCUGCACCGAAACGACGUCGUAUUCAGCGUUCACCUUCUCCGGCUUACAAGCUUGAUGAUGAAGACGACUCGUACCAGCCUUACGUCCCGGUCGCACAAAGACGCCAGGCGAAACUGGCGAGACUGACGUCUUGGGGUACAAGUACAGAUAAAGACAAGUCGAAGGGACAAGAAGAAGAACGCGAUGAGCAGGAAGAUGAAGAAAGAGAAGAGGAAAGACGGAGAGAAAGGGCGCGGAAAGAACGCACGCUGCUCAUGGAGGCGCAGGAGGUUCAUGACAAGAGGGCUGCCGAAGAUGCGAAGAAGACUGACGCAGAGAAGGCAGAGGAAGCUGAUGCCGAAAUUUUGACUGCUAUUGCUGCUCGAAGGAAGCUUGCUUCGGAUAUGGAGUUGGCAAAAGGUGUACAGUACACGGAACCUUUGAAAUCAUCAUGGCGACCGCCCAAGUUUGUACGAGACAGGACAGACGAAGAACAUCAAAAAUUACGAGAAAAACAUCACAUCCUCGUCGACAACGAGAACAUACCUCCUCCCAUUGACAAUUUCACCGACAUGAAAGUUCCAGACUCGCUAGUCAAGUUCCUCAAGUCGAAGAGGAUUACCAUACCUACUCCAAUUCAGAUCCAGGGUAUCCCCAUAGCGUUUGCAGGUCGUGACAUGAUUGGCAUCGCGUUCACUGGCUCGGGGAAGACCCUCGCCUUCUGCUUACCAAUCGUCAUGGUUGCUCUGGAGGAAGAGGCGAAGCUACCAUUUAUCCGCGGCGAAGGACCCGUUGGAGUCAUUCUAUGCCCGUCCCGUGAGCUUGCGACCCAAACGUACGAAAACGUCCUUACCUGGACAAGUGCGGUCGCUAAAGACGGGAAAUAUCCGCAGCUCAACGUGUUGUUGUGCAUUGGAGGUAUCGCGAUGGGCGAACAGAGCCAUGUCCUGAACAAGGGCCUGCAUAUUGUCGUUGCAACACCCGGUCGCUUGAUUGAUAUGCUCGAAAAGAAGCGCUUCACCUUUGAUAGCUGCAAGUUCCUAUGCAUGGACGAGGCCGACAGGAUGAUUGACCUUGGUUUCGAGGACGAUGUGCGGACUAUUAUGAGUUUCUUCAAGCAUCAACGGCAAACUCUGUUGUUCUCCGCUACAAUGCCGCGAAAAAUCCAGGAAUUCGCCCAACAGUCUUUGGUGCAGCCUGUGCUUGUCAAUGUUGGACGAGCAGGUGCAGCAAACUUGGAUGUUCUUCAAGUGAUAGAAUACGUGAAACAAGAAGCGAAAAUGGUCUAUCUGCUAGAGUGCCUGCAGAAAACACCACCUCCGGUCAUCGUUUUCAGUGAGAAUAAGAACGAGGUGGAUGAUAUACAGGAAUACUUACUUUUGAAAGGCGUGGAAGCCGUGGCCAUUCAUGGUUCAAAGACUCAGGAAGAGCGGCAAUAUGCCAUCAAGUCGUUCAAGUCGGGUGCAAAGGACGUGAUGGUUGCUUCUGGGGUUGCAUCCAAGGGACUUGACUUCAACGACAUUCAACAUGUGAUCAUUUUUUCAAUGCCCAAAGAGAUCGAGGACUACGUCCAUCAAAUCGGUCGUACGGGACGUAGUGGGAAGACCGGUAUUGCCACGACAUUUGUGAAUAUGAACACUUCAGAGCAGACUCUGCUGGACCUGAAGUAUCUACUCAUGGAAGCAGGGCAAAAAGUCCCACCGUUCUUGCAAAGUAUCGAAGAUCCUCGUGCCGCUCAAGGCGGAUCACUCAAAGGAUGUCCUGUGUGUGGAGGUCUUGGACAUGGCAUCUCAAAUUGUCCCAAGUUGGAGGACACCCAGCGGAGACAAAUGGCAUCUCACAGAGGGGAAGACGACCGCGGGGGGUACUGA